UCAUUGUUGGCAGUGCAGAGAGACAGACAGAGUGACUGAGUCUGAACUGUGAUGAGUUUGAGCAUCAGCUGUUGAUACAGCCGGCGCGCGCGCGAGAGAGAGAGAGAGAGAGAGAGAGAGACGGAGAGUGUGAAGAGAGAAAGGAAGAAACGGAGUGAGACACUGAGAGGAUAAGACUAUGCUGUGCUGUAUCAGAAGAACGAAGCCGGUCGAGAAGAAUGAAGAAGCCGACCAGGAGAUCAAGCAGGAUGGAAACAAACCUGAAGAAACCGUCCACAAGGCCGCCACAAAGAUCCAGGCCAGCUUCCGGGGACACAUCACCCGUAAAAAGAUGAAAGACGGCGAGAAGGAGAUGGAAAACGGCGGCAUACCGGACGAGGCCGAAGAGAAGCAAGAACAAAUCACCUCAUCCGAAGAGAAGCCGGCCGAAGAAAACGCAGAAGAGGCCAAACCUGCCAAGAGUCCCGCUGUCGAGCAACCCAAGUCACCUGCUACGGAAGCACCGUCCACGGCCGCCACGCCCCUCCCCUCAGACACGCCCCCUAAAGAGGAAGUCCAGGAGCAGCCGCAGGAAGAGUCUGAUGAGAAACCUGUUGAAGACGUGAACGCUCAGAAGGAAGAAGAGGAAGCCAAACAAGCCGACGUGCCUGAAGUCUCUGAGAACCAUCAAACAGACCAAAUAGACAAACAAGAGGUUGUUGAAGACUCCAAACCAGCAAAAGAUCUUUCAGACGCCGGCGAGGAGAAUGAAGUGAACGACCAGUAAAAUGUAAAAGUCAUGAAAUAAUUCACAGGCCGCUCUCGGCUCUGUUUUUAUGUUUGUCCUCUAUUUCUGGUGUGGCAAUGAUUUUCUGACAUUGGGAGGGAGUUUUGGAACGCAGCUUCAGCGGGAUGACAUCAGACUUCACCACAACGGACACAAACCACCAUCUUUACCAAGGUCCGUCAGAUUUUCUAGCGUCGCUCUUUUACUCCUUUUCAGAGGGUGGGCUUCAUCAUUGCAUGAGAAUUCUUCCUUCAGCAACAAGAAGCGUCACAAACCCUCACCAAACUCAUCCAUGUGGCUUCUGUCAUGUCCUCGCUGUUGAUCUUUAACUGGAGAUAUUGCUGCACAGAUGUUAAAAUCACUGAGAAAGUCUUUCUGUUCAAGCGAGUGCAGUGGGAUGAAUCAGAGGAGUAAAAUCCUGAAAUAUGCUUUUAUGUCUGUUUUGGAAAUAAAGAAAUAAAGAAAUAAAUAUGUGCCAAUUAUCUUCACAACAUGCCUUUCUUCAUUCAUUAUGAACAAACAUUCAGAUUGAUGUUUUGAUUUCUGCAUAUUAAAGCUGUUCUUAAAGGACA